GACAGCUCGUCAGGAGCCCAACGCCCUGACCUGCCGCUGCCCGCCGCCGCCGGUUCUUGCAGCCGCUCCGCGAUCCUUGCUCCUCUGCAGACAGCACCGUCUCGGGCUGCUCGGCUCGUCCAGCUCCUGUGGCCACCGCCUCGGCGUCUUUCCCCCCCCUGGCCCUCGUUCCCCCAAUGUCUGACUCUGACUCCCGGACUGAGAAACGCAAGAAAAAAAGACCAAAUGGCAAAGCAACCUUCCGAUGUAAGUUCUGAGUGUGACCGAGAAGGUGGACAGUUGCAGCCUGCUGAGAGGCCUCCCCAGCUCAGGCCUGGGGCCCCUACCUCCCUACAGACAGAGCAGCAAGGUAAUCCCGAAGGCAGUCCCGAAGGCGAAGGGGACCGCUGCCCCCAAGGCAGCCCUCAGGGCCCGCUGGCCCCACCGGCCAGCCCUGGCCCUUUUGCUACCAGAUCCCCGCUUUUCAUCUUUGUGAGAAGAUCUUCCCUGCUGUCUCGAUCCUCCAGUGGGUAUUUCUCUUUUGACACAGACAGGAGCCCGGCACCCAUGAGUUGUGACAAAUCAACACAAACCCCAAGUCCUCCCUGCCAGGCCUUCAACCAUUAUCUCAGCGCAAUGGCUUCCAUGAGGCAGUCUCAGGAAGAACCUGCAGAUUUGCGCCCAGAGAUAUGGAUCGCCCAGGAAUUGCGCCGUAUUGGAGACGAGUUCGAUGCCUAUUAUCCAAGGAGGGUAUUUUUGAAUAAUUACCAAGCAGCCGAAGACCAACCCCAAAUGGUUAUCUUACGGCUGUUACGUUACAUCAUUCGCCUGGUGUGGAGAAUGCAUUGACGGAGUCUCUGCAAAGCCAAGCCAUUGCAGACAUUGCGCUUGUUCAGCUGACAAGCCCCAGUACUGCGUGCGGUCUCUUGGUCUUGUGCUGCCAUCACCUUGCAGCAGCUGAGGGCAGGCCACAUGCUCAGAAGACACUGCACCAUGUUGGAUGUGAACUUGGAUCUUCCUGUUGGUCACCCCAGGCAGAAUUUCCAUGGGAAGUUAGUUGUGAAUGUAAAUGGAGGAGGAUUCUUCUCUUUUUUAAUGUACAAAUCAUGGUUCUUUGGAGCAGGAUUAUGUACCAGAAUGGUGUUUACAUGUUGGGGGGUUUUCCAUCUCUAAUAACAGUUUGGUUUUGUGUUUUGUUUUUUUUUUUCCCCAGAAGGAAAUGGAAACUUUGUGAAUAAUUUUUGUACUAAAAAUUUAAGGACCUAUUGCCUACUCUCAGAGGAUUAUGUUAGCCCUGCAGUGGAAACUGAGCCAGCUAAUUUAUAAAGCUGCCUUAGUUUAUUUUUAGAGAUUACUGUACAGAAUUUUUAAACAGGGAGAGGUAGAUAUCACCCUCCCUUCCCUGCCAUUGCCUCUUUGAGCUUUCUUUUUUUAAUUAUUAUUAAUACCAAAAGAGUUCUUAUGAAAUGAAUGAAUUAAAGGGGCAAAGACUCUGUUGUUUCAUUCAUAUAUCACCCCUGUUUUGUAAAUAUUUAAUUACCUACUUAACUUCAGUUGCCUUGGUGGUAAAACUUCAAAUUGUUUUUGCUGAGCUCCUUUGGGAACACUUUGGGCCUGUCUUGAGAUAUAUUGUUUGGAGCAAGAUCAUUCCAGUUCCAUGGAUUUGUUAGUAGCUGUCCAGUGGGAAGUGCCUGAUGGCUUUGCUUUUUUCUGAUGGGCUUUUGUUUAGUAUUCUGAACAGGAGUGUCAGCCCUUGGGAGCUGUCGGCUCUUCUGGUUGCAGGUUUCUCACUGGCAUAGGGACACUGCAUCAAGUCCCAGAUGGUCACCAUUCCCUGUGCUGCUGUGUCCAUGCUGUGCCCUUGUAGAGACUGGCCCAAGCCACAGACUAAUAAUGAUGGCCCUUUUCCAGGCAUCCUGGAUUUUAAUCCAGCUCAGCCUUCAGACCUGUGAAACCUGCACUUCCUCCCCACUCCUGUCAGCCCACUUUGAAAUAGAGGCUGCCCUUUACUUUGAUCAGCAUCAUCAAACCAGCUCCAUUAGGCAGAGUCUAGAAUGCUCCUUUCAGCCUGCUGAAAGAUGGUUGUUUGUGUUCCCAUCUUCUUAAUCAGACUACUGGGCCUCUUAACUCCAUGGGGAGCUCUUUCAUACCCCCUUAGGAUCAUGUGCACAGGAAGUCUACAGUCCGCAGUCAUUUCAAAAGCAAGCAGGGCUGGGGGAGUAGCCUGUAGUGGAAUGCUUGCCUUCUGCUCUCCUAGUAUCUGCGUAGCCUUGUGUUCAAUUCCAGUCACCACCCAAAAUAAAACAAUAGAAAAGCAAAUAAACAAUCGGGGAGACCCAAGACAAACACAGAUGAGAGAGCAGCAGCAACAGGAGGAAGAGGGGAAGCUUGAACCCUGUAAUUUGUUAUCUUUGAAAACUAGUGAUUAACCAACUUUCUAAAAGAAAUACAUGAGAUGUCAAGCAAGUCAGCAUUGCCAACAACAAUUGUACUUUUGCCCCAUAGAAGAUCAGUGUUUUCACGUUAGUAAGUUAAGUGGAAUUCCAUUUGUUUGUAUCUUUAUAAGUUUAUAUGUAUAUAUGUGUGUGUAUAUAUAUAUAUAUAUAUGUAUGUAUGUAUGUAUGUAUAUAUUGUCUCUGCUUUUUCCUUUAGGUAGAAAUCAUUUGAUUCUAAAUAGUCUUCCUUCUUUAAACUUCUCUUUCCCCUAGGAUCUUCUUGGGGUUUUUGAAUACUUUGAAAGCUGGGUUGGAGCUCAGCUUGUGUAUUGGAUGUGUCUUGAACCCACUUGUGGGGUCCCAUGCAGCCCACAGUUGUAGAAUUGUGUUAGGAUUACAGCCGUGGCCCUGCUAGACACACACACACAC